AAGUUUAAGUAGUUGGAGAGAGGAGUAGAGUGAUCGUUGCCACUGGCACAUUUUUCUAUAUACAUGUAUAUACUUACAAAUAUACAAGAAGAUAUAAUACACAAGAGACACAGUGGUGGGUCGAAGUUGUGCUACCACGGCAGUUCUCACUUGGCCGAGCUCAACGAUAGAUUGUAUCGCGUUUAUUAUUCGAUUUAUACCGCCAAUCGAUUCAUCAUAAUCAUCACUUGUACUAUCAUACAUCCACGAAAAAAAAAAAACUCAAGAUAUCAUUUUUUUAUUGAUUUUUUAAUUCAAAAAUUGAUUUAAAUUUGAAAAUUAUUCAUUAACGUGUUUUGUGAUAAUUAUUAUUUUCAUUGAUAAGUGUCAUUGGAUUUGGAAGUUUUGCUGAUGAUUUAAGAGAUGUCGUCGAAGCCGCAUCAUAAACUGAGGUCACAUCGUUGAACUAAUAAAUCGAGACGAUUAAUAAACGGCAAGAGAAAAAAAAAUAUUUAAAGGAGAGAAAAAAUAAAUAAGCUAGAAGAGAAAUAAAUAAAUUUAAAAAAAAAAAUGCGGCUAUACGUCCUUGGCCUCCUGACUCUUCUGUUGCUGGUCAAUGAACCCAAUUCAGCAAGUGGAAUUUGUACAAUUUCAAAAAAUGGCAUACAAGCAAAAUGUCAAUAUAUCGAGGACAUCAAGAAUAUAACAAUAAAUAAUGAAUUAAAAAAUCUAAAAAUUUUAAAUAUUGAUAAAAAUAUAUCUACUGAUAUAUUUAAUAAUUUAAAAAAUCUACGAAAUCUUGAUUUAUCAAAUGGUAAAUUACAUAAACUUAAAACAGGUUUAUUUUUAAAUUUACGUGAGCUACGUAGUCUAGACUUAUCGAAUAAUAAUUUGCAUAAUUUUUCAAGAGGAACAUUUGAUGGUCUAUUGAAUUUACAAUAUCUCAAUCUUCAUGGUAAUUAUUUAGAUAAAAUACCAAAUGAUACAGCUACUAUGAAAAAUUUAAUAUCCAUUGAUUUGAGUAAAAAUAAAUUAAUAUGUGACUGUACAACAUUAAAAGAAAGAGAUAAUUUACUAUUACGUGGUGUUAACAUAACAAAUAAAACAUACUGUUAUGGUCCUGGUAAUUUAAAAGGUAUAAAAAUUCAUGAGCCAAAUAGUGAUGUUAUUUGUUCAUUUGAAGAACAAGAUGAUAAUAUGCAAGCAGAUGAGCCAGUUACAGAUGAAAGUUCUGGUGAAAUUGAUGAUGAUUCAUUUGAUAAAAUUGCUGAUACAAAUAUACCGGAUGAGGACAAAAAUAUUCAGCAAACAUCAACGAUAUCAACGAACGAAAAAAUUGAAGAAACGACUAAAAUUCCAGCUACAUUAAAUGACACAACUGUUACGUCAGCAAAUGACGGUAUGGGUUUUUCAGAAGAUAUAAAUACACAAAAAUCAACAACAUCAUUAUACACAGGAAGUGAAUUAAUUGAAAAAAAUAAUGAUAAUAAAUUGGCAAAUAAAGAAAUGAGCGCAAAUGAAGGUUCAGGUAGUGUUGGUGAUGAUUUAUAUGAUGGUUCUGGUGCUGAAGGAUCUGGUAUUGGUACAAGUAUUGUUCAACCAAUUGAUUGGUCAGGUGUAACUGAAACAUCAUCAGAUAGCCCAGAAACAUCAGAUACUCCAGACACAUCACAAUCACCAAAACCAACUGAAUCAUCAUUUUGGGCAAUACCAAGUUUAUUUGAUUUAUUUGGAACAUCUACAAAUACAACAAAAAAUUUAGAAGAAUCAACAACAGUAACAACAACAACUGAUGAUUUAAAUUUAGAUCAAGAUGAAUUUUUACCAGUAUCAACAACAAGUAAAACACAAGAAUUAACAUCAACAAUAUCAAAUAAUGAAACAGUAUUAUUGAAUGUAGAUAAUAAUGAAAAUUUAAAAACUCGUAUUAUUGAUAAUGAUGAAAAUCCAAUUAAAAUAAUAAAUGAUAAUAAUGAAUUACCAGAUGCAUCAUCAGCAGUACAAACUGAAAAAAGUCAUGCAUCAUAUUAUGUACUUGUUGGAUUACUUGUUGUAUUAACAACACUAAUUGGUAUUGCUGCAUAUCGUGGUGAUUUUUGUACUAAUAAAAAUAAAAAUAAUAAUAAUAAAAGAAAUCCAGAAUUUGGUGAUAUUGAAAAUGGUACUGAACUUAAAGAUUUAACAAAAUCAUUAAUUGAUGAUAAUAAUACAACAAUAAAACCAAUGAUUAAUAAUAAAAAUGGUAAUAAACAUGAAACAGUACCACUUGUUAAUAAUGAAAAUGAUAAAUUAAAUAAUAAAGAUAUUGAUGAACCAAUUGCAAAAUAUAUUGGUAAUGUUAGUGAUUCAAAUGUUGAUCCAAUAAAACCACCAAGAAAAUCAUAUUCACCAAAUGAACAUGAUAAUGAUACAAAUAAUUAUAAUAAUGAAGAAUUUUUAAAACAAAAAAAUGAUAAAGAUUUACUUGUUAAUGGUAAACAUGAACGUGAUUCAUUAUCAUCUGGUAAUUUAUCAAAUCAAUUUAAUAAUCAAUCAAGUCCUGGUGCUCAACGUGUUAAAAUAACAUUACAAGAUAAUCCAGAUAGUGUACCCAAAACACCAUUGUUAAUUACAAAAAUUAUUGGGGGUGAAAAUCUAGUCAAGACAUCACCCUAAAUUUUUAAUUUAUAUUUUUUUUUUUUUUUAACAGGUACUAUUUGUGAUUUAAUAAACAAAUAAAUAUUUAUAUAAUUAAACAAUUUGUUAUAUCAAAGGAUAGCAAGAACUUGAAAUAUUAUUGUUUUUUUUUUAUUAACAAAUGUUAAUAAUAAAUUUAUAUAUAUCAAAGUUUAGAAAUAAUUAAAAUUUUUUGUUUUUUUUUUAAAUAAAUUAUCAUUGAUGAUUCAAAUUGAGUUGAGAUAAAACUCUUGUGCUGAGUAUAAAAAAAAAAAAUACAACAAAUAAACCUAGUUAAUAAUAAUUUUUAAUUGUUAAUUUGUUUUUUUUUUAAAUAUAUUUAAACUAUAAAUAAUAAACAUAAUAGGAAUUAUUUUUUAAAUUUUUUUUGUACUGACUCAAAAGUCAUUGCUAUAAAAAUUUUAUAUAAUAAUAAUAAUAAUAAUAAUUGUUAAAUUUUUUUUUUGUUUUAUAAAAAAAGGUUUUAGAAUUUUAAAAAAAAUUAUGUAUAUUGUAUUGAUGAAGGCCUUAUUUAUAUAUGAAUUUUAGAAUAUAAUAAAUAUGAAAAAAAAAAAAAAACAAUGAAAUUUAAUUUACAGGUAAGGUAAUUUUUGUACAAAAAAAAAAAAAUGAUUAAACAAUUGAUGGUGGAUUGUGAAUGAUAAUUUCAUUAUCACUACUUGAAUCAUAAAAUUGUGGUGAUGUGGUACAUGUUGGUCGAUAAGUACCACUUCUUGGUUCUCUUGAUAAAUCAAAAAUUUUAUUUUUAUCAUUAUUCAAAUUAAAAGCCGAACGUGAUGAUAUAUUUUUAUAAUUAUCAGAAUCUUCAUCAUCAUUUGAAUGUUCAUUUUUAACAAUUAAAAAUCUUUUUCUUUU